GUCCCUCCUUCACUUUACAUGCAGACCUCCUUCUGCCUCAGUCGGAUUUUCCCGUCUUCAUCUUCUUCUUUUCAUCUCAGUGGGCUUGAACGAUGCUGCCCUGUAGGUUGUUGGGUCUGCUGGGAAUCUUCAGCUUCUGCACAGGUCAGGAGGAGAGCACGGCGGACGAGUCCUGCGAUAACUUCACUGACCUCAACCUGUCACACUGCUUUGUGGGAACCAGCUUGUAUGUCCGGCUGCUCCUCUACACCCGCUCUAACCUCCGCUGUGGCCGGGAACUCAACCACCACCACUUGUCCUCACAGCCGCUUUUCAACGUCUCCAGGCCGACAGCCUUCGUCAUCCAUGGCUACCGACCCACCGGAGCGCCCCCCAUCUGGAUAGACCACAUAGUCCACCUGUUGGCAGAGCAGGAGGACAUGAACAUAAUAGUCAUGGACUGGAACAAGGGGGCGGCCAACCUCAACUACUUCACUGCUGUGACUUAUACCAGGGAGGCAGCCCUCAACCUGACCGGCUUCAUCAUGACUAUGGAGGAGGAGGGAGCCUCUCUGAGCUCAGUUCACCUGAUUGGUGUCAGUCUGGGAGCUCACCUGGCUGGAUUUGUAGGAGAAAACCUGAAAGGGAAGAUUGGGCGUAUCACAGGUCUGGACCCUGCAGGGCCGAUGUUCACCAGCGCCACCCCAGGAGAGAGGCUGGACCCCUCAGACGCCAUGUUUGUGGAUGUCCUACACACCGAUAUGAACUCGUUUGGACUCAAUGGAGCUCACGGUCACAUUGACUUCUAUGCCAACGGUGGAGCCGACCAACCUGGAUGUCCCAAAACCAUCUUUGCAGGGAAGUCGUACUUUGUGUGCGACCACCAGCGUUCGGUCUUUCUGUACCUGUGUGCUCUGAACCGGACCUGCAGCCUCACCGGUUACCCAUGCUCCUCCUAUGGCGACUUCCUGGAUGGCAGGUGUCUGCAGUGUGAGGCCUUUAAGCCCGCCCCCUGCCCUGUGCUCAGUUACGAUCUCAGCCCAUGGAGGGAAAGGCUGCUGCAACUCGGACAGACCAAAGUAUUCUUCAGCACCACGGCCACGCUGCCCUACAGGAAACUGAGCUACAGGGUGGACAUGGUGACCUGGAACCAGUACCUUCGCUGGGGGGUCGUCUACAUCAGGCUGCACAGUGGCAAAAGCUACACAGAGGCCCGGGUGGACCAUAAACUUCUCCGCUUUGAGCAGUACACCUCCACCCGCCUGCUGGCCCAGUUUGAUGAUGAUCUGCAACAUGUCCAGAAGAUCUCAAUGCGUAUCAACACUGGCAACGUGAUCGGCCCUCGGUACAAAAUCAGACUGUUGAGGAUACGAUUCACCCCGUUGGAAAGACCAGAGAGACCUCUGAUGUGCCGCUUUGACAUCAUCAUGGAGGAGAACAUGGAGGUGGCGUUUCGUCCUCUACCCUGCGACUCCAGACUCUGACCCCUUCAUCACCCUCCUCCUCCUCCUUUCUCUUCAUCUUCAAUGGAAAAACAUUAAACAUGCCCUGAACCCUGCUGAAGGACAGUCACUCAUCCUCAGGGUCUGACACCUCCUAGGGUGUGGGGGCUCUGGAACAGCUGCUGCAUCCUUAUUGGCUGCUGGCGGUUACCAUAGUUACAUGUGACUGAAGCUCCAUCUGUGCAGGAUUGUUGUGGAAGCUGAAGUGAUAGAUAAUAUGAAAAACAGUUGCAGGAGGCAUGAAAAUGGAUCAUCUGCAGCUAUUCUGACAUCAGAUGAAUGGUUUCAGGUAUUUUUCAGUAAAAAUGACAAACAUUUACUUCUCAUUUGUGCAGAAUUGUUCAAUUCCACCUUUUUUUUUGUUUUGUUUUUCAAUCUUCCAAUGGCAGGAUUACUUUCAUUAAUGCAACCGUUUCCUGUACAAGUGGCUUAGUCAAAGAAAAAUCAUUAAUGCAGUUCAGCAGUCAUACAUUUAAUAUUUUGUCUUGUAUGAUGGCCUGAAAGUUACAAGUUACACAUUUUCAGGAAUCUAUGCAUUUUUUAUGAUUUCAAAAGACAUGCACAGUAUUACAUGAUAGUUACCUGUCAAGACAUGGUAGUUAAAAGUUUACAGUGAAAAAUACCAGGGAGCUGCAUUUGUGAGAAGCAGGAAAAUAUUCACUGCAGUCACAGCCUCAUUUUUUUGUGCCUUAACACCAGCAGAUCUCAAGCUUUGUCACCUCGUCCCCCCGCUGUCAAAAUUCUCCGACAUCAUUCAGGUGUGAGAGUUAAAUGAAGACGUGGAGCUGCUGCCUUUACAGAGACACUGCUAUGUUGUGUGAAUAACCAGACAUAAGCUGAACAAUGAGUCUCCUGAAAAUGUGUUUUAUUCUCAAAGUCAGUGAUAGAAAACACCUGUUGUCUGUUAUUUCCCGACAAAAGCAGCUCAGAUCAGUAUUAGUUUAACUUUUCAAAUGUAUUAGUCUCGUGACUAAGUUACUUUGUCUAAUAUGAAAUUCAUGUCAUAUUUUUUAUUUUGAAUUUUCACGCAAUGUUUGAAAUAAACUUUGAAAGGUUUCA